CCGCAUGGCCAUUUAAUAUUGCUCUGUAUAGGAGAUAUACAAAAUGUCGAACAUGAGUUUUCUCGAUUUCCAGUUUGGAUUUUCACGAAAGUCGUCACUAAAACCAGCCCAGUCGAGCAUCUCCAAGCAAAGACAAAGUGUUAGCAUGCCAAGCUCUUUCAAGCCAAGCGCGGAGGAGAUGAGAUGGGUGUUCGAUAAAUUUGACACCAACAAAGACGGGAAGAUCUCCCGCGAGGAGUACAAGUUGGCACAAAGGGCACUGAAUAGAGGAAUUCCGGAAACCGAGUUGGUUAAGAUAUUUCAGACCAUUGAUUCUGACGGAGACGGGUUCAUUGAUUUCAAAGAGUUUAUGGAAAUGUUUAACGACGUGGGAGGCGGGGUAAAAGCAACUGAGAUUCAGAGUGCUUUUCGAGUGUUUGAUUUGGACGGCGAUGGUAAAAUAAGCGCGGAAGAGCUGUCGCAGGUUCUGAAAAAGCUAGGAGAGGGUUGCAGCCUCAAGGCUUGCCGGAAAAUGGUGAAAGCGGUAGACAAGAAUGGGGAUGGCUUUAUAGAUAUUGAUGAAUUUAUGAGCAUGAUGGCAAGCGGCAAGAAGCUCCGCCAUGAGUGACUUUAUGCAUCUUCUGGCUUUAAUUAGUUUAUAGUGAUGGCUACUCACGUUUUUGUACCUUUUUAAUUUCUUCUCUCCCUCCUAACACUCAUAUAUAUGAUAUCCCUCAAAUUUACACUCAAA